CCCCACCAAAGUUUGGUGGAUCGACUUUAAAAGGUACCACGAGAUGUAUCAUUCCGGAAUACCAAAAGCGGUAUGGUUCCGACUUUUAUAGCAACAAGUUUGUCAUUCCGGAAUUCCAACACAGGUACGGUUUGGACUUUAACAGUCACCAGUGAGAACGUUCGGGAAUAUCGGCUAAAAGGUAUACAUUUUUUUGAGAACCAAACGGGAUGUAACGGAACACGUUCUAUGAAUGGAGAAAGGUGCAGAAAAGAGAGCAUUACUUGAACUGUUCACGAACUUGUUACGUAUAAACUUGGCUUGUAUGAGGGACAUUUACAUCGAUUGACGGAUGCCGUUAUUAGACCUUUCGACUUCUGAUAAAGUGUUCUCUGUAGUUCGCAACCUCACCAAUCAGCUGUAAAUUACCGAUAUCCGGGGUAAUAUCUGAUGUAAGUCGAGCCGGUCGGGUCAAUCUUGGGUCAGAUAACAGCUUGUCAGCUUGUUUGAACAUCUUAUAAGACAUUUUCUUGAUCAAUGGAACAGUUUGAAAGACAAUAAGAAAGCUAGCUACUUUCGUAUCUCCGAUCGAUUUUUCACUGAAAAGGAAUACUUAUUGUUAUGCCUAACAAUGGAGAAACAUCCAGGUUUUUAUUACAUAACGACAAUGCCUUGAUGAAUUAACUGGAUCACAAAUGUCUGCUGUCGUUAUUCUCACAGGACUUCCGGAAUUAGCCUCUUUCCCGUGGUGCCACAGUAACGACAAAUACACGACCUUGUACGUCAAUCCCGGCGAUACACAAGAUACAUUGGCUAAUAACAUUUCGUAUAGACGAUUUGGUGAACUCACGACGCCAUCCCGAAGCUAUAAUUAGAUAAAUGAACCUUUUAAUGGACAUACAUAUACGUACAUAAAACUCUUCAAUGGAAUUUAUUCAAUUUUCGCUGUCAGUAAAACGCUUGUGACAAGUGGAUGUAUAGCGUCCCUAGAGUGUGUCCGAGCACAUGUGCAAUAUCGGAAGUCGUGGACGCAUAUUCUUGACAUUAAGUUGCCGUCCUUUUAGGAAGUUAAUUUUACCGUGUAUUUCCGGUCAUUGUGACGCAUGUGCAUUUCAGAGUAACCCAACACAAGUGACGUGCAUGCAUGAAACAGUGGUGUAAUAUGGGCAUUAAAGAACAAUGGGAAAAAACAAAAGCCGAAGUGCAGACGAAGGGUUUCUGGAAAGGCGUACGGUGCGAGUUUCUAGGAACUCUCCUGUACGUAGUGUUCGGGUGUGGGGCGGCCAUUCUUAGAAAUCACCCUAUCGAAGCCGACUACUAUUACUCUUACGAAACCAAGACCGCCGUGUCAUUCGGGCUGUCCGAAUCUGUCCUUGUCCAGUCCUUUGGCCACGGGAGCGGUGGUCACUUCAACCCUUCGAUCACGAUCGCCAUGUUGUGCGCGCGCUAUAUUACCAUUGUGAAGGCCUUGACCUACCUGUUGGUGCAGGUUGUGGGUGCCUCUGCAGGGGCCGGGAUUCUAUACGGCUUGACCCCGUCCAAGUACCAAGGAAACCUCGGGGUCACGGUGCCUCACAGAGAUGUCGAUAAGGGCCAGGCCUUUGGGUUCGAAUUUCUCGGCACAUUUGUCGUUGUGUUUUGUUAUUUCUCUACACUGGAACUUAAAAAGGAUGUGCUCGUGCCGAAGGCCUUCACGUGCGGAUUGGCAGUAUGUCUCUCACAAAUAUUUGCAAUAAGAUAUACUGGGGCGAGCAUCAAUCCUGCCCGGUCCUUGGGUCCCGCACUCAUCAUGAAUAUAUGGACGGAUCAUUGGGUUUACUGGGUGGGCCCGAUACUUGGAGGAAUGCUCGGUGGAUUCACUUUCGAAUAUACCAAAGAUUCGUCCAAACAAUUCCAGAACUUUAAGUUUUCACUGCGACAGAAGGUUUACAGCUUACAGCGAAAAGAGGAGUGUGCCAGCACAAACUCCAUAGCAACGGAACUGGCAUGUGAUCAUGACAUAGCAACGGAAGAACUGCAAAUAUGACGUCACUUCCGCAACAAUCAUUUGACGACUUUCAUUGGUUAAUAACCCUAAUGAAAGCACUGGAUAUUGUUCGCAUAAGUUAUGGUCAAGUAACAUUGUGAACUUUGAAUUCACUACUUAAAUUGUAGGAUACAACGAAUUGGAUUACUUACAAGCAAGUCUGAAGAUCAACAAUUGACUCCAUACUUCAUCGACUAGCAAUAAUCCCCUUCAAUUCAUAUUCAUUGCACUUAAUGACGUCAACUUCAAUGCCCAGUUUUGUUUAGAAGUGUUAAAAUCACUGAAAAUAAAAAGCCAUACAAAAUAAUGUCAUUUUAGAUUAUAAUUUUGGUACUACAACAUCUAAGCGUUGUUUGGCCCACUCGACAAUAAUUUGUAGUGACAUGCCUUCUUUAUCGCAGUUAUUUGACCUUCCAUAUGAACUUGAAUGGCGCAUUUGUGUGUAUGACAUCGAAACUUUUUUGAUAUUCGGCAUCGUGACGUUUGACUGUCUGCUUUAACGAACAGAAUGAUUAGCAAAAGUUCCAUCAUUGAACAGAAAUACAUGGCUUGCUGGCUGUUCAAUCAAAAUUGUUUCUUUCAUUGAAAAUAUAAUGAUACAGCAGUGCUUCUCAGAGGAUUGGGUUAAAAAGUAUGUGAUUGAUAACUGAUGACUACAUUUAAAAUAUAAUGUGAUGAUUAAAUUGCACCGCUUUAUUGAAUGGGUAUGUUAUCAGUCGACAGUUUCUUCUCGAUCUGACAUGUUAAAAAUAUACCGAACGGCAUUGAGCAGACGACCUCUGGUGGAAAAUGGACCGAACUAGGCUACCGGUUACCGAUCACGUGACAAAUACUGCUAGCAACAUCACGCAAUGUGACAAUGAUUUGAUAUUGUAUCAUGCGAUUUUAUAUGAAAACCUGUAUUCAAACGUUACCAUGGAAACGGUUUUUGUGAAUAAAAAUGUCUGUUCUCUG